CUGAACCUUAUUGCGGCCGAUGUCUGAAGUGUUGGCAGGUUUCACUGACACUGUUCAUAGUGCCAGAGAAAAACUCCCAAUGCUACCGUAUGUGGAGAGAUUGGAAAGCACGGAUUCCCUUGCGGCGGAGCUGACAUUUUUGCAUAGCUUUCUGGGUUACACUCACAUUUGGAGUGAUUUAUCUUCAUCAUCUCCACCCAACAAAAGCUUAAUAAUCGAAGUUGUUGCUGCAACUGAAGGAUUAGAAAGAGAUGUUCGAGAUGCUUUCAGAAUUGUAGAUGAAGACCCAGAUGCAACAUUGGCUACAGAACUGUUGAACUUGGGGAGAAGAGCCUUGGGGAGAAGGGUUGGGGAUUUAUAUGAAUACAGGCGUUCCAAGUUAGGCCAAGUGUUAACAUCGCUGGAGCAAAAGAUUGAACUUUUGAAGCCAAAGAUCACUGCAGCUUACCAAGACGGCUCUUUGUCUCCACAAUCAUUCUUCCAUCCUCAGUCACCAUCCCCGGAAGCACGAGUCGGGGCGUUGCGGUGCUGGGAAAGGUUUUGUGAUAUUGUACGAUGGAAUCUGGGAUAUUUGUCCUGUGAGCAGAAACCAGUCUUGGGUGAUGCUCUGAGAGAGCAAAUGAAAUCCUUGAAACUGACCUUGGAUUCCCUUAGCUGGAUUUUCAUCACACGUCAGUGGCCAUCACCUUGGGAAAACAAUAUGAUGGCGCUUUUUGGGCCUAUGGUUGUCCAAGCUGCUCACUUCUGUUGCUUGUGCUGGUAUAAUCCCCCGAUUGAUCCAACCAUGGUGCAAGAUUUGGCUAUUCUGAUUUCAGAUCUUCGCUGCAAAAUGAUGGAUCCCGAUGGUCCAGAGUUUAUGGACAUCGGUAUUGGGUUCCUGGAAGGCUAUGCUGGGCAAGAUUUGGGACGAUCAAUAUACUCUUUCAUCUGUCAUAUACUUCAUUUUCAAUACAGAAGUGAAGCUCCUGAAAAGGAGUUAUUUUCCCUACUUACAUGUCUCCCCAAAAUUUCGAGGUUGAAAAGCUCAGAUUUGCUGAAUCUAACUUCAGAUAUUAAAGAUGUACUCAUUCAGGCCAGGUACACAGGGCAGAAUUCCAAGGAUGGAGACAAAUAUGCUUAUUUUGUCCUGUUUGCAAGAAUGUGGUCUCUUAAGGCUGAGAUUAUGGUCAAAUGCCCCGGCAUCCUGCCCUUGCUUACUUGGAACGACCUUGUUGAAGCCCUUCGGGACGGGUGUAGAUAUCUGGAGAAAAGUAUUCAAGAAAAUGAAAAGCCUGCAGAAUAUCAUCAGAUCUUGGAGCUAAUUGAAGGAGUCUCCAAGCAAGUUCGAUCUCUCUAUCAACGCUCUCCUGGAACAGAGGACUAUUUGGUGCAUUUCAAGGUCAGCAACUUGCUCCUCAACUUCCUUGUGCACAUCGUGCUAUUAAAGUCAAAGGCUCUUCUGGUGAAGUUACAGGAAAAGGAUGCGAGACUGAUGCUCCCUCUGCAGCAUAAAGUCAAAACUCUUUACGACGAACUGGUUUUCCUGUUAGAGUUUGUGGUUAAUGCGACGGAGAAGUACAGUGCCGAGGAAGAAAGGGUGUUCCUGACUGAUGUCCAUUUAGUGGCUCAGGAAGUCAUAUCUUUCUGUAACACAUCUCUACCUGAAAACCUCACUGAAGAAGGAGCCAAGAAUCUGGAUGUAUGGCCUAUUGAUAUAUCUGAAAAAGUUCAGCUCUUGAUGCCAAUGUUGAAAGGGCAUUUUUCUCAAUUUUCAGGCUUUGAUUUCCCCAAGACUCCUGGUAUGUGCUUCAUUCAACAUCUCUUAGAGAACUUAAGAGAUCUGAUUAAGUGUAAGCAUGAAUCAGUAGCACACGCAUCUCAUCACAUCGAAGCAAUAUGUGAGGAUAUGGAGUUCAUAGUAUCUGAGUUCCAGGAUGUUUUUGAUGAGGAUGCUGAGAAGCAGAAAUGCGGAGAUGUUGUUACAAAGCUUGUUCACAUUGCAUAUCAGGUAGAACAUGUUAUCGCCUUAAUGUUUAGCGAAAACAAGUCCACGUGGCAACAUUCUUUCUGGCUUUAUUGUUGGUCGGACGAGAUUAGACAUAUCAGAAAACAGCUCACAGAUUUUGAUGAGAGCAACAAUUGCAAUGAUGAGAUCCAUAGUUAUCCCCAGAGGCUGAUGCCUGUUGUGUCAAAAUUUACUGAAUCAAAAAUUGAGGAAGUAAUGAUUGGCCACAAUGACCAGAGAAAACAGAUAAUCGCUCGGCUUACAAGGGGAACAAAGGAGCGAGAUGUUGUCUUAAUUUCUGGAAUGCCAGGAAUCGGCAAGACUACUUUAGCUGAUCAUCUGAAAGCUUGCUUGCUUUACUUUGGUGCACUUCCAAAGGGCAAGGACAUCCCAGUUUGGAGAUUACAAUGCCUAUGGAUUGCUGAAGGCUUCAUAUACAAAUUGGAGUCUAAAAGUUUGGAGGACCGUGCUAAGGAUUACUUGAUGGAUCUUGUUGGCCGAAGCCUAAUAAUAGUGGCCAAAAGAAGAUCAGAUGGCCGAAGCCUAAAAGCUUGCCGAGUUCAUGAUCUGGUACGCGAUUUGUGCUUGUUGAAAGCUAAAGAUGACAGAUUCUUGCAGCUGAUAUCUGAUAAUGAUGAACCCUAUCAUUCUUUCAAUGCUUUAAAAUUUGGUGCUAUGUAUGAGCAUUUCAAGAGUUCAAGUUCCAGGUCGUACGAGCAGUAUCGGUUGCAAUUUCGUGUGGACCAAGAACAGUUUGCUGUAUCAAGGCCUUCUGGUCGACGUGUCCGAUCUCUAAUAUUCUCUGCUGCCACUGAUAAAACUUCAAGAUGCUCCUAUGAUGUCUCCUUCAUUCCUAACAACUUCAAACUUCUAAAGGUGUUGGAUUUGGAAUCCAUUAACAUGGGUGGCUCCUUCGGAAUUGGAAUAGAAUUGCUUCUUUGUUUGACUUACUUGGCAGUUUGUGGUGAUAUGGAGUCGAUUCCACCAUCUUUGUCCAAACUGCGUAAUCUGGAAACUUUGAUUGUGAAGGGUUUCAAGAGGAUGGUCUUGCUACCGGAUACCAUUUGGAAAAUGAAGAAGUUGAGGCAUAUUCAUGUAAGUAAUCAUGCUGUCUUCGCUUUGCCUAAAGAUGACAUCGGAAGGUCCUUUCAGUUGGAUAGCUUGGUGACACUUUCCUUGCCUUACUUUCCAUUGGAGGAGGAAACAAAUGAGAUUAUAGUGAGGUUGCCUAAUCUUCGAAAACUGAAGUGCACGAUUUCUGGACCAACAGAGUUUUCCAUGAAUUCUAGUCGCAUUCCUUCACUGGAAUCACUAUGCUUCUUGGAGUCACUCAAGAUAUCACACUUUGGCAGGGUUUCGGAAAUUGGUGAGUUGAAAUUGCCUUUAAGUUUAAAGAGGUUGACUCUAUCAAACUUCGGCCUGUCCCCAGACCAAAUCUCAGCAACAGGGAGACUACCAGAACUGCAGGUCCUCAAAGUGAUUUCUUGUGACUUUGAGGGAUCAAGUUGGGAGAUGACAGAGGGAGAAUUUCAAAAGCUUGAGUACUUGAAGUUAGACACACUAGACAUUGUCCAUUGGGAUGCAUCCAGUGAUCAUUUGCCUGAGCUUAAGCAGCUUAUCAUGCGAAAUUGCAAGCAUCUUGAGGAGAUUCCUUCUGACUUCAUGUAUAUCUCAACAUUGGAGAAAAUUGAAGUCCAACAGUGUGGAAAUUUAGUUGAAGAGUCUGUCAGAAAAAUUGAGGAACAAGAAAUCGAGGGGCUCAAGAUUUUCAUCAGCAACUCAUAUUCAGCUUAA